AUGAAGGUGCAAGACAAUCUUAUUAGGGGACAAAAAGGUCCGGACGGGUUUAACCGGAACGAAAAGGGUAUCAAGUACCUUAUAGAAAUACGCCAAACCGCCAUCGAAGCCAUCUCCCAUGGCUCCGUCCCCCUACAGGGCAUCCCGACCCACCCCUCCUUCGCCGCCCACCGGACCUGGCUGCUCUCCCACAUGGCCGCCGCCUUCCGCCACUGGGACAGGAUGGGCUACGUCGAGGGCUUCUCCGGCCACAUCUCCGUCCGCGACCCGGAACACCCCAACGCUUUCUGGACGAACCCGCUCGGCCGCCACUUCGGCCUCCUGCGGGCCAGCGACAUGAUCCUCGUCGACCUAGACGGCAACGUCAUCGGCGGCAACCGCUCGCGCCCGCCCAACAAGGCCGGCUUCCUGAUCCACUCCUCCGUCCACCGCGCCCGCCCGGACGCCCACGCCGUGUGCCACGCCCACACCGUCCACGGCAAGGCCUGGAGCGUCUUCGCCCGCCGCCUCGACAUGAUCACCCAGGACGCCUGCAAGUUCUACGCCGACGCCCACGCCGUCUACGACCGCUACGGCGGCGUCGUCCUGGGCCCCGAGGAAGGUGACCUCAUCGCCGCCGCCCUGGGCCCCCGCGGCAAAGGGUGCAUCCUCCGUAACCACGGCCUGCUGACUGUCGGCCGCACCGUCGACGAGGCCGCCUGGCUGUUCACCAGCAUGGAGAAGAGCUGCCAGGUCCAGCUGCUCGUCGAGUCGGUCGCCCACUCCAUUCCCAAGGUCCUCAUCCCGGACAAGGAGGCCAAGUUCAACUUUGACGUCGAGGCCGACCCGGAGUUUUGUUACUGCGAGUUUCAGGUCUACUACGACCAGGAAGAGCACCUCUCUAAUGGGGAUUUCAAGAAUUGA